UUUACCACAGCACGCCUAGGUUCUCUCUCCGCAGCUUGUACAGACUGAAGAGGAACAAGUAUUGAAUCUGUGAUACAGAAGAAGCUGGAUUUACUUAGAUGACGUCAACCCUCAUUGUCAGUAAAUAUGUCUGAAACAGAACACCAGGACAGAACUCCAAUAGUCUUGACUCUCCUCUUCAUCCUGGUCCUCCUCCUCCUAAUCCUUUUUUACCUGUACAAACGGCUGAACCGGGACACAAAUGAUCAAUACACCAUACAGCGACUUGUCUUUAGAGAAGGAGGCCUUCGUGACCGUGUGAUGCAGGGCAUUGGGGUGGUGGAGAGCAGGCUACGUCUUUUAUUCCGCCGUGAUGAGCAGGAAAAUAUAGGCAAUAUUGAAGAGGGAAACAACAAUGUGGAGGAAGACAAAGAUCAGGAAGAUGUGUUGGAAGAAUUGAAUGAAAGUGUAAAUAAGAAGGAGGAGCAGAAAGACCAACAUGAAGAGGAUUCAUCAGAUGACUAUUCUAGUAUCGACCUAAAGGAAAGACUCAGGCAAAAUAUUAAAGAAGAGGAGGAGGAGAAAAAAGAUGAGCCAGGCAAAGAAGAGGGGUCAGAAACUGAGGAUGGAAGCAAAGAGAGGGAUGCAAAUAAUGAAGAGAGAGUGGGCUUACUUGUAGACAUAAAGACUUUUUCUGGCAGUGCCAUUUGGUCAGAGGAAAAGAUGGAGGAGAGUGAUGUGACAGCUUUGUAAAUGUACAAGUUGUAACCAAAAUACAAGUCUAAUUAAAGGAAAAGUCUACAGCUGAGGUGGUUUGGCAUGAUGUUAGAGUGUUUUUAGGAGUUAAUAUGUUAAAGAAAUAAUUACAUUAAAAUAAAUAAAUAAACCUAGGUCCUUGAUAAAGUCUGUAAAAUUUAUAUUUUUUAUUGUUUAUAUUUUGUAA